UUAAUAAUAUUUUAACUUAAAGUUUGAAAUGUAAAAUGCAGGAGUGUUUCUGUGAGGGUUUAAGGGCUGGUUUGGGUGAAAGAAUGUGUAAUCUCGAAAAUCAGCGGAAAGUCCCAGCAAGUAUAAAAAAGUCACGUGUGUUUUUGUAUUGGGCAGGUACUGUGCUGAAGUGAAGUGGUUUCUCUUUCUCUUCUGUUUACAGCUGAUAAAGUGUAGAGUGUUUAAAAUGAAUAAAGUGGCAGAGCUGGCGUGAUCCUGAAGAGAGACGAGGAGCUGACGGCUAGCGUUGAAACCACAAGUGUGAAGGACAUGCAGAAUGCCACAGAGUCGGAUUUCAGUGACUCUAAAGAGUCGACGGCGGAUCUGUUAGCGUCUGUGUUUACGUGUCACUGCUGCUAUGAAGUGUUUUUCGAUCCCACAACACUGACCUGCGGACACAGUUUCUGCCGCCACUGCCUUGCCAGAUGGUGGAUGUCCGCGUUUCCUAGCGUCCGGACCGACUGCCCAGAAUGCCGAGUGAUAUGGCAGGACUUUCCUAAAAUCAACAUCGUCCUCCGGGAUGCGGUGGAGAAGCUGUUUCCGGCUGACGUGAGUCGACAGAAGCAGGCCAUCCUGAGAAAUCCAUUGCUCAGAUUUGUUCUUCAUGUGUUCCAGUGGCAUGGGAACAGACCGGUGCCUCAUGCAGCUCCGCAACCAGUGAACCAGAACCUACUGCAGAUCAACCUGAGAGAGAUUCAGGAUCGAGCCGUGACGGUGCUGAUCUGCUUGACUAUGAUGGUGUUGUUGUACCAAGCCUUCAUUGCCAACCCCAGUCAUGAGAUGCUGCUCAGUAAACCGCUCAACAGGUGGAGCGUUAAUGAUGUCACGCUGUGGGUGGAGCAUCUGGGUGUCUGGACCAAUCAGUAUAAAGAAACAUUCCGCCGGGAGCAGAUUGAUGGCAGAUCACUGUCUGCUCUCAGCGAUAAAGAUCUGUCUGCGGCUCCGUUCAUGAUUGAGAUUCAGUCACAUAGACAGAUUAUUUUGGAGGAGCUGCACAGACUCAAAAAGACCGGAGUCACACGACCACAGACGUUCUGGAAGUACAAGGAGGUGAAUCCAGGGAUGACUCUGUUUCUGCUAGUCAGUCUGAGGAACUUCCCGCGUCUGACACUGCUCUACCUCUACCUGUUUGAUUAUGAUGAUGCCUUUCUUCCCUUCAUUCAAACCGUCUGCCCAUCCGAUAAGCCACUGGAUUGGCAGCAGUGGGCGGAGUUUCUGCUGAUAUACUUCCUGUUGCCCUAUCAACUGCUGUCUGUGUUCUCCUGGCACUCACUGGGCGUUGAUUACUGGACGGCAGGCGUCGUCACCUUUCACACCGCAUUACUGACGAAGCUGGAUGUCUGUUUCUACUGGACGCUGUGUGGGAGAGAGAUGAGGACGCUCCUUAAGACGGUUUGGCUUCAGGUGACAGAAGUGGCGUUAACCUCAUCUCUGUAUGUGCUGUUGUGGCCGCUGCUCCCUCUGUUCAUCAUAAACAUCGAGAUCUACAGCCGGCUGUACUUCAGCUGCUUCAUCACUGCAGAGCUGGUGAAAAAAACACUGCAGACAGUGAGAUUGCUGAGGCCCUGACACACACACACACACACACACACACACACACACACACACACAUCCAAAUCAAAAGUGUAUACAUUUGAUCAGAUAAUUUCCUGGACAUUAAACUCAUGACACUGGCACUUCUAGAGCCAUGAUCUACUGUUACAAUCACCUUUCAGUGGUUCCAGGAGGCCACCCUACACUGCAUAUUUUGUAUCUCCUUUGUCUGACACACCCAUUUAAGGUCUUGGAGUCUCUACUAAUGAGCUGAUGAUCUGAAUCAGGUGUGUUUGAUUAAGGAUACAUGGAAAAUGUUGGCUGCGUCCAAAAACUGGAAAAUGCUGCCUUUGGAGGACACAUUUCAAGGUAGAAAGGCAUCAAGGCAUGUCUGAAUCCAAUGUUAGCUUCACUUCGUGUUUCCUGAGAUACCUUAAUCUGAUUGAUUUUUGAAGGCAGCAUAGAUGUAUCCUUCCCUUCCUUUGAUAUCCCACAAUCCUGUGCGCUCCAUUCUGUGACAGUUGAGCUACAAAAAUAAGG